AUGCCAUCGGUGCCCAGUCCAGCGGCAACUGCGAAAUCGGCUGCCGUGGUGAAGCGGGAUGAAGAAGGCGCGGAACACAAUGGUGGCGCAAUGCUGGCGGAAGAGGAGGAGCCUGCCAACUUGGACUUGCCCAAGAAAUUGUUUCACUGCGCGGCCUGUCGUGGCCCCCUCAAGCCUCCGGUGUUCAAGUGCGAAAAGGAGCAUUUCGUGUGCUGCGCUUGCGGCGGCGGCAACAGAGACGGCAGAGCGAACAGGCACUGCGGUCGAUGCGGGCAUGACGUCUCCUACACCCACUCCGAGUUCAUGGACGGCGUGGUCGGCGCCUACAAGGUGCCGUGCCCGUACAAGCAGCACGGCUGCGCGAGCUCCAUCGUGUACCACGCGGCGGCGGACCACAAGGCCAAGUGCGCGCACGCGCCCUGCUACUGCUUCGAGUGCACGCCCCCGUUCGAGGGCUCGCCGGCGGAACUCCUGCGACACCUCACGGCGCCGUCCGGGAAACACUCCUGGCUCACGGACAAGAUCAAAUACGAGUCUAGCCACCCGCUCGUCGUGCAGGCGCCGUCGGGGGAUUACCGCUGCCUGCUGGUCGCGGAGGACGGCAGCGUGUUCCUCCUGGCCGUGGGCGCCGGCAGGGGACCAGCCGGCCGCCGCCCCGUCAACGUCGUGUGUGUCAGGGGCAACGCUGACGCCGACUCGAGGACGCUGUACACGGGCGUGCUCUGGGUGGAUGGUCCUCCGGCCGCCCCCGGCCACCUCAGGGGCAGCGUCCAGGUGAAAGGGGACGUGGCGAGCUGCUCCGUCCCGGGCGAGGUGGACAUGGAGCAGGGCUUGCUCCAUGCGCAUGUCAACCCGAGCAUGCUGCACGGAGAGUCCGGCGAGGUUCAUCUGCGGCUCCGUAUCACCAAAUUCCCAUAA